GCAACAACGACGACUGACAACACAACCCUGAUCUUGUGCCUCUUUUCUGAUUUCUUGAAUCUCAUACACACCGUCAACCUGUUUGAACCUGCAGAACCUUGCAACAACCGUCAUCAUGCCUGGAAUGGGGACAUACAUCAAGGCCAUCUCGGCCGGCGCAGUCCUCUGCAUCGGCGGGCCUGCGCUGGUCAUGUGGGUGACGCCGUCCGAGGAAGAGAUAUUCAAGCGCUACAGCCCUGAGCUCCAGAAGAAGGCGCUUGCAAGCCGGGAACAGCGCCAGAAGGACUUCGACGGGUUCGUGCAUCAAUUGAAGGACCUGUCCAAGUCAGACAAGCCUAUCUGGAUUGCACAGAAGGAACACGAUGCAAAGCAGUCGGCAGCAGAGCAGCAGCGAUUGAGGGAUGAGCGCGAUGCAUAUGCUGCAGAUAGCAGAAAACUGCAACAGGAGAUCAGGAACGCUUCGCAAUAAGCAUGGGCUUGAUCUUGCUGUCGUUGGCGUUUCUUCCCGUGUAUAUUUGCAUAUGUAUGAGUACGAGGAUGAACAAAAUCCACGCUUCGCCUGAAAAGAGGCAUUUGAUAAAGAUUUAACGUUAUACUACGAACGCGAGCUGAUCUUGAGCUUGAGGCCUGUACAAAGUUUUCUUGAUUUGAGCAACGAUGCAAGAUAGGCGAUUUCUGUGGAAACUCGAGCAUCGAGUUCUGAACAGUCUGUGUUUGUGAUGUUCGACGCUGGAGGCCCUCAGGAAGCUAUGUAGACUCGUGACAACGCGAGCAAGCGUAUU